CUUCUCUUUAUUUUUUUAAAACAUUACAAGAAAUAUGUCUCAAGCUGUUGCUGAUAUCGGUCUCAUUGGUUUGGCUGUCAUGGGCCAGAACCUCAUUCUCAACAUGAACGACCACGGCUUCACCGUCUGCGCCUACAACCGCACCACCUCCAAGGUCGAUCUCUUUUUGGAGAACGAGGCCAAGGGUACCAACGUUGUCGGUGCUCACUCUAUUGAGGAGUUGUGCUCCAAGUUGAAGCGCCCCAGAAAGGUCAUGCUCCUCGUAAAGGCUGGUUCCGCUGUUGAUAACUUCAUUGAUCAGCUCUUGCCUUUCCUCGAGAAGGGUGAUAUCAUCAUUGAUGGUGGUAACUCUCACUUCCCCGACUCUAUCCGUCGCACCAAGGAGUUGGAGGCAAAGGGUAUCCUCUUUGUCGGUUCCGGUGUUUCUGGUGGUGAGGAAGGUGCCCGUUUCGGUCCUUCCCUUAUGCCCGGUGGCAACCCUGCCGCUUGGGAGCACAUCAAGCCUAUCUUCCAGGCUAUUGCUGCCAAGGCUCCCGAUGGUGCCUCUUGCUGCGACUGGGUUGGUGAGAACGGUUCCGGUCACUAUGUCAAGAUGGUCCACAACGGUAUUGAGUACGGAGACAUGCAGUUGAUUUGCGAAGUUUACCAGAUCAUGCUCGAGGGUCUCGGUAUGUCUCACGAUGAGAUGGCUACUGUCUUUGAGGAGUGGAACAAGGGCGAGUUGGACUCUUUCUUGAUUGAGAUCACCCGUGAUAUUCUCAAGUUCAAGGACACCGAUGGCAAGCCUCUUGUUGAGAAGAUCAGAGACACUGCUGGCCAGAAGGGUACCGGCAAGUGGACCGGUAUCGACUCUCUUGAUCGCGGUAUCCCCGUCACCUUGAUCGGUGAGGCUGUCUACGCCCGCUGCUUGUCUUCUCUCAAGGAUGAGCGUACCCGCGCUUCCAAGCUCCUCGAGGGUCCCAAGAACGCCAAGUUCACUGGUGACAAGAAGGUCUUCAUUGACCAGCUCGGUCAGGCCUUGUAUGCCUCCAAGAUUGUCUCGUACGCCCAGGGUUUCAUGCUCAUGCGUCAGGCUGCUCUUGACUUCGACUGGAACUUGAACUACGCCGGUAUUGCUCUUAUGUGGCGCGGUGGAUGCAUCAUCCGCUCUGCUUUCUUGGGCAAGAUCAGAGAGGCUUACGACAACAACGGCAAGCUCGAGAACUUGUUGUUCGAUUCCUUCUUCCAGGAAGCUACUGCCAAGGCCCAGGAUGCCUGGAGAAACGUGAUCGCACAGGCUGUCAUUUUGGGUAUCCCCACCCCUGCUCUCUCUACUGCACUUAACUUCUACGAUGGUCUCCGUCAUGAGAUGCUCCCCGCUAACCUUCUCCAGGCCCAGCGUGAUUACUUUGGUGCCCAUACAUACGAGCUCCUCUCUGCCCCUGGAACUCACCACCACACCAACUGGACUGGUCGCGGUGGCAACGUUUCUGCCUCUACCUACGAUGCUUAAAUCUGUUGAUUUUAACAACCUUUGAACAUUUACCUUUUCCUCCCUCAUUCAUUCGCUCUAUCUAUCUCUUUGUAAACAAAUCUAGAGUGAAAGAAAAAACUCCAUUUAUUGAUAGAAAUGAAAAAAUGCAUUAUACGUACAAACAUUCAAAACAAUUACAAUGACCAAGUUUUUAUUCUGUGUGUCUCAUCAAAUCUAUGAUUAAUCAAACGUGAUAAGUAGAGAAUAACUGGAUACACAAUACACCAAAAAAGAGGUUGUGUAAAAGGAUAAUUAUUUAUGCAAAAAGUUGUCUAUGCAAUACUAAAUACUAAAUAAUAAUAAUAAAAAUAAAAAGAUCUAAUGCUGAUUCUAAUUAUCUUUGA